AAGCUUCGGUCAUAUGACCUUCAGGCGGGUUUCAUGGCUGCGGUUGCUAAUGUUUGCGGCUUCUCUGCGAUGUUUCGCUGUGCCGUGUUGUUGACUGCGCUCCUGUCGCACGCCCAGGCGGAGGUUGCCUCCGUGGUUUUGGAUCGACAGACGGACAAGCUGAUUGUGAAAACGGGCUUCGACCCCGAGUUUGUAGCGUGGGCCAACUUCACGGAUGAUAUUCAGCGGAGCGGGUGGGCAUACCUGGAAGUGACCACCAGUGGGCGCUACAAUGACAGUCUUCAGGCUUAUGCAGCAGGAGCCGCGGAGGCAUCUCUCACAAAACAGCUCCUCUACAUGCACUGGAUGAACACUAUUGUGGGAUACUGUGGCCCAGUGCAGCACGACAUGGGCUACUGCCAGAGGCUGAAGGACUACAUCAUCCAAAACCUGAAGUGGAUGGAGACCAAGAUGGACAGCGGAGAGGAUCCCGAGUACUGGCACCAAGUCCGCCUCAUCUUGCUGCAGCUCCGGGGCCUCGAGGACAGCUACAACGACGAGAUUGCUUUUCCUGUUUCUGUGUUCUCCAUCAACCCAUUUGGCUUCCUACUUUUCCAGCUGGGUGGAGAUUUGGAGGAUUUGGAGUCUGCCCUCAACAAGACGAACCACCGUCGAACACUCGGGUCAGGGUCAUGCUCGGCCCUCAUCAAGCUUUUACCUGGCAACAAAGAUCUCCUGGUUUCCCAUGACACCUGGAACACUUACCAAGCAAUGCUGCGGAUUAUGAAGAAAUACACCUUUGCAUUUCACGUUUCACCAGAAGCUGAUUCAGUGAUCCCUGGCAAUGUUCAAGCCUUCUCCUCCUACCCAGGUUCCAUUUUCUCAGGAGAUGACUUCUAUAUUCUAAGCACUAAGAUGGUUGCAAUGGAGACAACAAUUGGGAACAGCAAUGCAUCUCUGUGGAGGUUUGUCACACCAGAGAACACAGUGAUGGAGUGGAUGAGGAAUAUUAUUGCUAAUCGGUUGGCCAAAUCGGGAAAGGAAUGGGCGGAUAUUUUUAGUAAAUUCAACAGUGGCACGUACAAUAACCAGUGGAUGAUUAUUGAUUACAAUUUUUUUACUCCUGGCAAAAUGGACAUUAAAGAAAACCUGUUCAUCGUCCUGGAGCAGAUACCGGGCCUCGUUGUGUACGCAGAUAAAACUGAAGAGCUGCUCCACAGAGGAUACUGGGCGAGCUAUAACAUCCCCUAUUUUGAACAGAUCUUCAAUCUGAGUGGUGGUGUGGAACUCGUUCAGAAGUACGGAGACUGGUUCUCCUAUGACAUGAACCCUCGAGCACAGAUAUUCAAGAGGAACCAGAGCCUGGUCACCGACAUGGAGUCCAUGAUCCGCCUAAUGAGGUAUAACAACUUCCAGAAUGACCCCCUUUCUAAGUGUGAAGGCUGCAAGCCCCCCUUUAAUGGGGAGAAUGCCAUCUCCGCCCGCUCUGAUCUCAAUCCUGCAAAUGGCACUUAUCCUUUUGGGGCUCUUAAGCAAAGACCUCAUGGCGGCACAGAUAUGAAGGUAACCUCAUUCACACUCUAUCAGAACUAUGAGCUAAUCGCCAUCAGUGGGCCAACGUGGGACCAGGUGCCUGUCUUCCAGUGGAGUCAGUCCCCCUACAGUGACCUGCUGCAUAUGGGUCAACCUGACCGCUGGGGUUUUCCUCCAGUGAGGGUCAGUUGGGGGUGAAUGCUGACCUUCAAGUGCUCCUUUGUCUGGUACCGAACGCUCAACUGUUACUCUUAGCAUAUGGAAUGGGAAGCGGUUCAACUUCUAACACUUCUACUGAUUGCUUGUGAAAUCAAAGGAAUGAGCAAGCUUCUUUAACAGAAUGCAAUAAUUUUAAAUUGUUUUAGAUUUGGGGAGUGGGGGGGGGGUUUCCAAAGAAAUUCCAGAAUUUUCUUUCUAGCAGAGCAGACAAACUGUUUGUGUUCUGUAGCACCGGCUGCAUGCUGGGAACCGAGAGUUCAAGAAAUGCUGCUGAUCAGUCAGUCCAUUUGGGGUGAGUCUGCCUGACUGUUGACCCCUACUUAAGCUGGUGAUUUCUACGAGAUCACUUUAAUUGUUGUAUGAGGUUUAGGUGACAUUGGUCACCAGGGAAGGAAGAAAGGACAACUCUGAGGCAGUGACUGACCAGUCACACCAUUUCAAACCCACCACCCUUGUUUUAUCAAGCAGUCCACAUUUACAAAUGUGGUCCUUGUCAGGCUGAGCCACACCCUGUGUACUGCCCAGGACUUGGUGAGCUGCAUUUUGGGAGUGUCAGGUUCAUGGAACUUCUGGCACUUUGCCUAAUUUUUAAUGUUUUAAGCCAUCACGCAUAAAAUGACUUGCUCCUGCCAACUGGUCUGUCCGUAGUCUGAAGAGCUGCUUGAAGGAGAUCCAUGAGUACAUUUUUAACCUACACAAGUCAAUUUUUGUGGUGGGCUGCCCGGGGUUUGUUCCUGCCAUGUUCCCUGUGCUGUCUUGGAUUGGCUUCAGCAGACCCUCGUGACCCUGUGUUUAGGAUAUAGUGGGUUGGACAAUAACUGACUGAUUGACUGACAGACAAGUCCAUUUUUUUGGGCUUUACAAAUGCUGAGAAAAAAAUGCAUGUCGUUCAUUAUUUUACCCGUCAAGAAUUUCACACAAACUCUCAUCCAUAGUGGCUCCGGAUCUCCGAAUCCUUCAAUACAAAUCAGAAUAAAGCAGAUCCGCAGGUUGAACACGCUAGCCAUCGUGUUGUUUCCUGUAGGCUGCCCCCCUGGUGGGCACAGCAGCCGACUGUUAAUUUCUCUAUUUCUAGAGCUCACACACCUCCGCUUCAAACUAUUUGAAAAAUGUUUUCAUUAUGUUGAAUUGUAAAAGGUAUUGAUUUUAUGCAAGCACUGUUGCAAAUGACUGAAUUCUACAAUGUUGUUUUUGUUUUGCAUGACACAUCAAUGGAACACUGAUUUUCAUUUUAUUUUGCUUUUGUAUUAGGGGAAAAAAUUGUGCAAUAAAGUAACUUUUUUGGA